UGUAUAUAAAAAAUCCAAUUUUUCAGCUGAAAAAUUAAUACUACACAUAAUGGUUGCCUUUCAAAUGGAAAUUGAAGGAAAUAUCCAGAAAGAAAACAAUUUUGCUGACAUACAGCCUAUAAAUAGAGGACCUGAUUAUUCUGCUAAUAUCUCUAAUAACCAAAACGAACAAGUUGAUAAAAAACCUAAAUCUGGGUUUGUUAUUGACAACCAAUUAAAGGAUUUAUUACUUCUGCAGCUUGACCUGAUUGAACACCAGCAAUCAAAGAUAACUCAAAAAGACAAACAAAUUAUUGCUCUUCAAGGAGAAAAAGAUCAACUUGAAGCCCGUCUUAGAAGAAUGGAGAGGCGUCUUGCCAUACAAAAAAGACACACAAUUGAAAGUGAAGGUACUUCAGUAUCAAAAAAACCAUUAUUCACUGGCCAAAAAGAUCUCAAUAGAAUUGGUUCAAAAGAUUUCAAUAGAAGUAGUUCAAAAUGUAUUUCAAAUGCUGUUGUUACUGUGACAUCUAGGAAUAGUAAAAAUUUUAAGUUUCGUUCAUACAUGAAUACUAAUAGAGCAUACCUAGAUUAUCCUUUAAAUAAACUGAUAACAUCUAACAAUACAAUCAACACAAAAGCAGAAGAAAUCGACAAAAAAAUUUCAGUACCUCCUUGGCAUGUUAUAGAAAAAAAAACUUUGUUUUUCAAUAAUCUUGAUGAGGAUAUUAGUGAUGAUGCAUUCACAAAACGACACGCAAAACCAGAAACUGACGAAAUCAAAAGAAAAAGAUGGGAUGUACAACACAUGCGUCAACAGCGUCAGCAUCAACUUCUUACGCGGAAGUAUAAUGAAAAAGAAGACAAAAGUCCAGUCAUAUUUGAAAGUUUAUUUCGAAAUCCAGAAAAUGCUAUGGUACUUGAAGUUUCAAACAUUAUUCCAGUUUGUGUUUUGGGAAACCACAUACCAGUGAUGAAGAAAUGCGAGAUGCAACUUCCAUGGUUUAGUAUUGCAAAGCGUGAAGUUCAAUUGAGAGAAGCUAAAGAAAAGUUGAUGAAGAAGAAAAAGAAAUCCUUUCUUGUCUAAAGAUAUUAACUACUGUCUAAAGAUAAUAAUUACUGAAAUAUAAAUUUAUUUUAUACAUAUAUAUAUAUAUAUAUAUAUAUAUAUAUAUAUAUAUAUAUAUAUAUAUAUAUAUAUAUAUAUAUAUAUAUAUAUAUAUAUAUAUAUAUAUGUCUUGUAUUUAUGUCUUUGAAAUGAGUUCAUAUUUUGCCUGACUUUAGAGCAAGGUGUGUGUUAGGUGUUUAGUAAGCAUUUUAUUAUGUGUAGUAAGUUGCAUAUUUUAUUUGUAUAUACGUUGUUUUUUUUAAUCAUAUCGUUACAGUGAACACUGAAAACCUGACUUGAA